AUCCCACUGAAUGAAUCGGUUGACUUUUUCACUAAUCUAAAUCAGUCAUUUUCAUAUCGUGCCAGUGAAUUUACGGUGACAAACUAAGCAGACUUAAAUUUUAAAUUGUGAAGUUCAAGGCGUGCGAAAUGAAAUCUGCCACUGCACUAAUUUUCUGUUUUGGCAUUAUUUUAAGCGGCGCACUUCCGCAAAAUGACCUAUUACAAAACACUGCAUCAACUUUGGGAGGUAGACUUUUUACAGCAAUCAAAGAAGGAAGUGUCGAUAAGGUUCAAAACAUCAUUGAAAACCGCGAAGUCGGCGAUACAGUUAAAAAUGGUGCAUUAAAUUGGGCUAUUAAAUUAGGUCAACAGAAAAUAGCUGAAUUGCUGAUGAAUAAGGGAAGGGUGCAUCCUUCUGACUCACAUCUGACUCACGCGACUGAAAAAGGUGACACCAACAUGGUCGAAACAUUGCUUAAAUAUGGUGCCAAUAUCAAUGGAAACAGUGAAAGACACAAAACAGUUUUGCAAACGGCUAUUGAAGUCGGUAAAGAUCAAGUUGCAAGUUUGUUGCUUGACAGAGGCGCAAAUGUCAACAUACCUGAUAAUGAAGGAAAGACUGCGCUCCACUAUGCUGCUGAAUUUGGUAAAGAGCAAAUUGCUGAGGCUAUAAUUAAAAAAGGAGCUGACGUUAAUGUUUUAGAUAAUGUGAAAAAAUCGGCACUCCACUAUGCUGCUCAAACGGGGUUUGAAAAAGUCACUGAUGUACUACUCCAAAACAAGGCGAAUCCCAAUGAAGCAAAUAAGAAUGGGUUGACACCGCUUCAUUUUGCAUCACUCAAUGGUUCCAGAAAUAUAGCAGAAAACCUAAUCAAUCAUGGCGGAGAUGUGAAUAAAGAAGAUGAGUUGGGAAAGACUCCUUUUUACUAUGCUGUUGGAGAUGCUGCAAAGGCCAAAAUUGUUGACUUGCUUAUUCACAAAGGAGCGGAUGUUACUCAUGAAGAUUAUCAGGGAAGAACAGCUCUUCAUAGAGCGGCAGAGUUUGGUAUAAGACUCAUCGUGAUUUUUUUUUAAAGAAAUACUUUAAAUGGGUUGACUUAAAAUCU